AUGGACAAAAUAGGUCUUGCUGGCACAAUCAGCACCUGGGUAGCCGCCCUUUUAGCCAUCGUGGCUUUGCUCGGAGUCGUGGGGCCGCUUUUGAUCUGGCGGGCAAACAGAACCGAAAGACAGAUGGCUCUCAAAGCUGUCGACUCAGAACUUGCUGAACAUGGAGGUUUCAUGGCAAAAGGCCUGAAAUUUUGA